AGAGAGAGAGGAAGAGAGAGAGGGAGAGAGAGAGCGAGGGAGGGAGGGACUUUGGCUGCAGACAAUGCUGGUGUUUGUGCAGGGGCCCCUGAGUGGCGGCUGGCUUUCUCACAUCGCUCUCGCUUGACUACCAGUUGCUGAGCUGAAAGGAAAGCGGACUUCUUCAUCCUGAUGAACUGACAGAGGAAAGACAGAGAGAUGGAGGUCUGAAGUUGUGUCCAGCUUUUCUGCUUUUCUGCACCUCAAACCAAAUUCAUCAUCCAGCUGUCGAGCAGCAUAUAAGAGGGUGUCCGCCCAGACUGCAUUUCUCAGCUGAAUAAAUCAGCUGGGACGGGAUUAUAGCACGUGAGAGCUGAAAAAAACACCUGGAGGGCGACAGGUGGAGAGUUGGAGCUGGGUAAAGAGCCCCGAAACCACCAACAUGGGAGACAAGAAGGUCAGUCUCCCUGCUAAGCUGAUUAACGGGGGCGUGGCGGGCCUGGUUGGUGUCACAUGUGUGUUUCCUAUUGACCUGGCGAAGACCCGCCUACAGAACCAGCAGGGCGUCCAGGUCUACAAGGGAAUGUUUGACUGUCUGGCAAAGACGGUGCGAGCAGAGGGCUAUUUCGGAUGCUACCGAGGAGCAGCCGUAAACCUCACACUAGUUACGCCAGAAAAAGCCAUCAAACUGGCCGCCAACGACGUCUUCAGACAAAAACUCUCAAAGGACGGGCAUUUGCCCCUGUGGGGGGAGGUCCUGGCGGGGUGCGGGGCAGGGACCUGCCAGGUGGUCGUCACCACUCCUAUGGAGAUGCUCAAGAUCCAGCUGCAGGACGCAGGACGGCUGGCCGCACAGCGACCCGUGGCAGCUCCAACCCAGGCGGCGGCGGCUCCCGGUCCGGCGCCGUCGCUGGUGGCCCCGGCGGCGCGGCGGCCCUCGGCGACCGGCAUCACGGCGGACCUGCUGAAGACCCGCGGCCUGGCCGGCCUCUACCGGGGCGCCGGCGCGACCUUGAUGAGGGAUGUACCCUUCUCUAUGAUCUACUUCCCUCUGUUUGCCAACCUUAACGCUCUGGGCCGGCAGAGCGCAGGGGGCCAGGCGGAUGUUCAGGCCCAGGCGCCGUUCUGGCAGUCCUUCGUGGCCGGCUGCUCCGCUGGCUCGGUGGCAGCGGUGGCCGUCACGCCGCUGGACGUGAUAAAGACUCGUCUGCAGACCCUGCAGAAAGGCGAAGGGGAAGACUCGUACAGAGGAAUUGUUGAUUGCACAAAACGCAUCAUGAGGCGGGAAGGACCGUCGGCGUUCCUGAAGGGCGCGGCAUGCCGGGCUCUAGUCAUCGCUCCCCUCUUCGGCAUCGCGCAGGGCGUCUACUUCCUCGGGUUCGGAGAGGCGGUUCUGGGUUUACUGGGAUAACAGCGACUGGUGGCGGUGAAGGAGAAGACAAAGAAGGAGAAUCCCAGCUUCAUUCUCCAGAAAAAUGGAGUUUCUCUGGUUUCACCGCCUGGCAGUGAGGUUCUGAUGGGUAACCAAGGUCCGGAGUAACUAACCCCAGUCCAGGUGUUCCCUUCACCUGAGGGAGGGAGGAUUCUCCCGCUGGCUGUAAAGAAAGAACUGCUGGAUAUUUUUACAGCUGCUAAACUAAAAUGCCUGACAGUGUGAGCGUUUGAAUUUCAGGAAGUGACCCAUUUACUUCAUAUCUGAAACGACCCGAUGCUUAAAGCAGCAGCUCCGUUACGCAUUCCUCCCACUCCUUCCUGUAGGUCACAGUAGUAAUCUGGUCUUCUGAUUAAAUCUCUAUAAUCUCUAUAAGGUCAUUUGUUAAUCUGAUGGUAAUCCCUUUAAUCCCUGUAAUAGUGUACAUUUCAAUUUACAACACAGCUCACUUCCUGUUAAAAGGCCACAGGUUAGAGUGCAGGACAACACGCCGCCUUCCCGGGUUU